UCUUUCGGUCUCACGCUUUAGGAGAUCGUUCUGAUUAGGUUUCCUUUUCUUAGCUUUGCUCUCCUGGUUCUCUUACUCGAUUGCUUUCCUUACCCUUGCGACGCUUGGAUCGAUCCCAUUUUAGGGUUUCUGACUGAUCCUCCUCACCAUCUCUCCAGCUGGAGAUUCGAGUUUGAAGAUUGAGAUUGUUGUCUGAAUUAUGCGAACUUCAUGGGCUGAUUCUGUUGCGAACGCCGAGAGCUCGGCGUUUGCGACCGGUGCUUCUGCUAGCACCACCAACACCAACGCUGCCGACGCCACUGCUGCUGCUGUUGUUUCUGCCCCUCGCCCUCCUCGUGCUGCCUAUGUCCCUCCUCAUGUUCGCAACCGCGCGGCAUCUUCGGAACUUCCGGCGUCGCCUUCCGCCGAUAGUUCUUCCGCUGCUAAAUUUGCACCUGGGCCCGGUGCAUCUUCUGGAGGAAGCCGUUGGGGUGGUGGCACCAGCCGAGACUUGGGACGCACUGGCUCUGGUGGUGGUGGCCGGAGCGUGGGCGGUGGUUGGGGCUCAAGGAGCGGUGGGUGGGAUGGGAGGGUGCGAGAGGUCAACCCUUUCGUGAACGAGGAAGAAACCACUGAGGUUGCUUUUGAUGGUCAGGAGAAUACUGGGAUAAAUUUUGAUGCUUAUGAAGACAUCCCUGUGGAGACCAGUGGUGACAAUGUGCCUCCGCCAGUGAGCACAUUUGCUGAGAUUGAUUUGGGGGAUGCAGUGAAUGAAAACAUCAGGAGGUGCAAGUAUGUGAAGCCAACACCAGUCCAGCGCCAUGCAAUUCCUAUCUUGCUCGCGGGGCGUGACCUGAUGGCCUGUGCUCAGACUGGGUCGGGAAAGACAGCAGCUUUCUGCUUCCCAAUCAUUAGUGGGAUUAUGAGGGGACCACCUUCACAGCGGCAGCGGGGCUCGAGGACAGUGUGUCCACCUGCGCUGAUUUUGUCUCCUACCCGAGAGCUUUCUAUCCAAAUACAUGAGGAAGCUAGGAAGUUCUCAUACCAAACUGGUGUUAGGGCUGUUGUUGCCUAUGGUGGAGCUCCAAUCAAUCAACAGUUGCGGGACUUGGAAAGGGGAGUUGACAUUCUUGUUGCGACUCCUGGUCGCCUGGUUGACUUGCUUGAGAGGGCCAGAGUCUCUUUACAAAAUAUCAGAUAUUUAGCCCUGGAUGAGGCUGAUAGGAUGCUUGAUAUGGGUUUUGAGCCUCAAAUUCGAAGAAUUGUUGAACAAAUGGACAUGCCUCCACGUGGUGAAAGACAGACCAUGUUAUUCAGUGCCACAUUUCCUAGAGAGAUACAGAGGUUGGCUUCUGAUUUCCUUUUCAAUUACAUCUUUCUUGCUGUUGGAAGGGUUGGUUCUAGUACUGAACUGAUUGUUCAGAGAGUAGAGUUUGUUCUUGAGCCAGACAAAAGAAGCUACCUAAUGGACCUCCUUCAUGCCCAAAAGGUUAAUGGUGCCUAUGGAAAGCAAGCUCUAACUUUGGUCUUUGUGGAGACAAAGAAAGGUGCUGAUUCGUUGGAACAUUGGUUAUCCAUGCAUGGGUUUCCUGCAACUACCAUUCAUGGUGAUAGGACACAACAGGAACGGGAACGAGCACUGAGAUCCUUCAAGAGUGGUGCAACUCCAAUUCUAGUAGCAACUGAUGUUGCUGCCCGUGGGCUCGACAUCCCCCAUGUGUCACAUGUUAUCAACUUUGACCUCCCCAAUGACAUUGAUGACUAUGUUCACCGCAUUGGUAGGACUGGGAGAGCUGGAAAGAGUGGUCUAGCCACCGCAUUCUUCAAUGAGAAUAAUUCAUCUUUAGCCAGGCCAUUGGCAGAGCUUAUGCAGGAAUCAAGCCAGGAGGUGCCAGAUUGGCUUUCUCGCUAUGCAACCACUCGGUCUUCAUAUGGUGGUAGAAACCGUCGAUCAGGUGGAGCACGAUUUGGAGGCCGUGACUUUCGAAGAGAUUCCUCUACCAGGAGUGGAGGCAGUGAGUAUUAUGGUGGAGGCAAUGGGUAUGGAGGUGGGUCAUAUGCGGCAUCAGGGUAUGGAGGUGGUUAUGGCAAUCAAGGGUUGACUAGUGCUUGGGAUUAGCACCAUUCCAUUAAUUUAUAGCUUAGAUAUAUUCACCCAUUCAUGAGGGUUAUAAUUUUGAUAGCAUGACACACUUGAAGGCUAAACAUAGUUUGCGAUAUCCCUUUUCUUCAUUGCCUGCUUAAUCACUAGCAGUUUCUCUUUCCCCACUUUUGAGAGUAUUAUCUGACUGAAUCACAUAUGAUCGAAUGGAAGCAUGGCAAACUGUAAUGCCUCAGGCAGCUUCAUUCUCAAUUUUUUUUUUUUGUGUGUAAGUUGGAGGUUGUAAAAUAUGUGAUGAGACUUCGAGGGUCCUUUAGGGCUGUUUGGUUCGUCUCAAACAUGUUUGUUUGACCUGUUAAAGUGGUGGGGAAGUAAAACAUCAUCAUUGCUUUUGCUUUGUGUUUAUCAAUUGGGUUCUUGUAAAAUUUUAAGAUACAGAAAUCAUUGUUGGGAGGUAGAAGGAAAAGGGGUGGUCUGUCAAGUCUUGUCAGAAACAGGUGUUAUCUUGAAACUGAUACUAUAAUCUGAUCAAGAUGCUGAAUUGUACUUCAA